GUGAAUUGAAGUGUUUGAGAAAUCAAAGAGUGCUUUUCCCACUCUACUUCGGCCUUUUCCCCGGACAAUCUGAUCACACGAAGAUUUAUCCAAACCACGAUUAUCGACUCCGUGUAAAUUUGGAAGAACUGGGACUCCAAAAAUUGAUUUCGAUUGGUUUAAAUUGCGAAAAAAACUGCAAAUCGUAUCCAUUUUGAUAAAUGAACAAAUGCAGCAGAGGCUACUGAGAAUCGCCUUCGAGUGUGAAUGCAAUCUUAUCGGGCAGGUUUCUGUCAGCAAAUAACCAUACGGAACUACAGCACAGUGGAGAAGAAAUUUAUGAAAACUGUACCCCAAAUUUUAACUCAGACUCGAGUCUAGUCGCGACAAAAUUCGUUGUUGAAUGUCGACGUCUUCACUUUGGAAGCCAUUACCCCACAAUCAGAUUGAAAACCCGUCGGGCUUGGUUUUUUCAGUUCUUUCGAUUUGCUGCUCUCAUUUUGAUUGCUCCUUUUGCUAGCUUCAAUCCAGAAUUUCGACUUCGGAAUGGCGCUGGAAGUUGUUAAACCAGAGGAAGAGGUUGUUCUGGGAGAAGAAGUUGGAAAUGCCAGGUUGAUUACGUUUAACCGGCCAAGGCAAUUGAAUGUCAUCUCAUCUAAAGUGGUUUCUCUGUUGGCUGGAUACUUAGAGAAAUGGGAAAAAGAUGAUGAAGCGAAACUUAUAAUCUUUAAGGGAGCUGGUCGAGCCUUUUCUGCUGGUGGAGACUUAAGGAUGUUCUAUGAAGGCAGGAAUAAAAAGGAUUCAUGCCUUGAAGUUGUCUACCGAAUGUAUUGGCUCUGCUAUCAUGUUCACACCUAUAAGAAAAUCCACGUUGCACUUGUACACGGAAUUGCAAUGGGAGGAGGUGCAUCAUUUAUGGUGCCAAUGAAAUUUUCAGUCGUCACAGAGAAAACUGUUUUUGCCACUCCAGAAGCAAGUAUUGGAUUUCACACUGACUGUGGUUUCUCGUAUAUGUUUUCUCGCCUUCCGGGAUAUUUAGGUGAAUUCUUGGCCUUGACUGGGUCCAGGUUGAACGGCAAAGAAUUGGUUGCAGUUGGAUUUGCAACACAUUUUGUCCCUUCUGAGAAAUUGGAUGAACUAGAGACACGUUUGGUUAGUUUGAACUCCCAUGAUGAAAAUUCAGUUCGAUCUGCAAUUGAAGAUUUUUCUUUAGAAGUUCAGCUGGAUGAAGAUAGUGUCUUGAAAAGGAAAUCCGUGAUUGACAAGUGCUUUUCAAAGGAAACUGUUGAAGAGAUAAUAACCUCCUUUGAGGCCGAGGCAAGCGUUGAAGGAAAUGGUUGGAUAGUUCCCGUCCUGAAGGGACUAAAGAGAUCAUCCCCUACAGGACUGAAAAUAACUCUAAAAUCGAUACGCAAAGGUCGAUUACUAACACUGCAAGAAUGUUUGAAGAAGGAAUUCAGGCUGACAAUGAACAUUCUACGCACCCUUAUCUCUGGAGAUGUUUAUGAGGGUAUUAGAGCUCUCACCAUCGACAAAGACAAUGCUCCUAAGUGGGACCCACCAUCUCUCGAGAAGGUUAACGACGAUAGGUUAAAUGAAGUAUUUCAGCCUUACGGGGAAGAUUUGGAACUCCAAGUACCCAUAGACGACGAACAGAGGUGGAGUGGUAAAUAUGAAGAUUCAAUUUAUGGAACUAUGAAAACGGAGUGAGUAAUGCAAUGGCAAUUGCAAUACAAAGUUUCUCUCAUGUUCUGCAGUAGCUGUUACGGUUGGAAUAAUCUUCUUUUAUCAGCUGCCUCAUUACGCCUAUCAUAACAAUUCCCUUUAUAAUCCAUUACAUAUUUACAUGCAAAGCAGUGAUUUACAAAUUUUGUUGUACUAAUGUUAUUUUGUUUACCGAACUUUACAUGGUAAAUCAUAACAUAAUAAUAAAUAAAACUAUUUUCAAAUAUAGCAAAA